AUGGCUGCGAAUCACAAAACGAAGAACGGCGGAAACAGUCUCAAGUUCCUCUGUAGUUACGGCGGCAAAAUACUUCCUCGAUCUAUCGACGGAAAGCUCCGUUACGUCGGCGGUUUCACCAGAGUUCUCUCCGUUGAUCAUUCCAUCUCCUUCACAGAGGAAUUUUGUGGAUACUCUGUUCAUUUGAAGUGUCAAUUACCAAACGGAGAUCUCGAGACACUGAUCUCCGUCAAAUCAGAAGAGGAUAUGACGAACAUCGUGGAGGAAUACGAUCGUCUUCAUGGAGCCAAGAUCCGAGCAAUUUUGUCGCCUCCUAACCACAUGUCGCCACGAUCUAGCGUCGGCGAUACGUCACCGAAAUCGCCUUUCUCCGUCGUGGCUUCUCCUUCUCCGCCGAAAUCGCCAGCGUACAGAAUGGUUUUACAGCCUCGGUUCUGUUUAGCUCCGACGGAGAAUCUUCCAAGUAGAAUAUUCCGUUUGAGAUCGGAGGAAUAUUCUCGUUGCUGUAACUGCCGUGUGCACAACAGAGACUCCAAACUCAUCUGGCAAUAA